AUGAAGUUCUCUACCACCAUCUUGGGCACUUCGCUGCUUGCUACUGCGGCCAUUGCAGCGCCCCUGACUGCCCAGCGCCAGGCACGUCAUGAGGCUCGCCGACUUGCUCGCGCCAGUGGCCGUGAAAGCCACCCACCUUAUAAGCCAGGUACCAACGAGGUUCUUCAUCUGAACAAGACCUUGCAUGAGCAAUACAGCUCCAACUGGGCCGGUGCUGUGCUCAUCGGCACUGGCUACACCGCUGUCACUGCAGAAUUCACCGUUCCCACCCCCAAAGUGCCGUCUGGGGGUUCUUCGAGUACUCAAUACUGUGCCUCCGCAUGGGUUGGUAUUGAUGGAGAUACUUGUGGCACCGCCAUUUUGCAGACCGGAGUGGAUUUCUGCAUUCAAGGCAGCUCUGUCUCAUAUGACGCUUGGUAUGAGUGGUAUCCUGACUAUGCUUAUGAUUUCAGCGGCAUCAGUAUCGCCGCUGGGAACGUGAUUAAGGUGACUGUCGAUGCUACUUCAACGACUGCUGGAACCGCCACAGUUGAGAAUGUCUCUACCGGCAAGUCCGUGACCCACACUUUCAAUGGUGGGGUCGAUGGUACUCUCUGCGAGUACAAUGCUGAAUGGAUUGUCGAAGAUUUCGAGUCCGGCGGCUCCCUCGUUCCAUUUGCCAAUUUUGGAACUGUUACAUUCUCUGGUGCUGAGGCUACUGACGGUGGUUCCACCGUUGGUCCAUCCGGUGCUACCCUCAUCGACAUCAAGCAAAACAACAACAUUCUCACUUCCAGCUCUGUUACCUCCAACAGCGUGACCGUAAAGUAUGUCUAG